CGAGUCCGUGUACCAAAUGGAUCCGAUGAGCAACAUCAUCACAAUCCAUUCAUUUGAUUUUAUGGUCUUUGAUGUCUGGACACGUUAUACGGAAUUGUAAAUGUCAGUAGAGCGGAAUUUAAGAUUUUUCUAUCGGGGCCGAAGUAAAUUAUUUUGAUUCGGAAAUUGGAAAAUUUGUGAAAACCUUACGGAUUAAUAUGAUGCUGCCCGGACAAUAUUCAGAUGUGCACCACCCGUUGCGGCUAUCCGCAAAUUCCGUAGCCCUCCGUUCAUUACUGGCGUUAUUUUUUUUAUGCCUUUUUAAGACAACUUUACAGCCGCCGCUGGAGUGUUUAUUUGGGUUGCCAUGUCGGACACAUGGAGCAACAUCCAGGCGCACAAGAAGCAGCUGGACUCUCUGCGGGAGAGGCUGCAGCGGAGGCGGAAAGAGCCGACAUCACAAGCGACACAACUGGCCGCCGAGGUGGGUGCAAGUGCAGAUGUUCCCGCGUCCAGGAGUGACAGCCCUACCCCGUCAGCCGCGUCGGUGCCAUGCGGCACGCGGGAGGACACACCCAAACCUCCUGACCCUGAAUUGGAAAAGAGAAUGCUGGCCUAUUUGUCCGAUCUGAGUCUCUCACUGCCCAAGGAUUCCCUCACUAUAACAAAAGACUUGAAUGGCUCGGAGACAGCCAUCGCUCACGAAUGGAUCCAGAGUCUUCUGCUCAAGUUCUCUGCUCAGGAGCUCAUUGACGUCCGGCAGCCGGCUAUGUCCUCAUCUUGUACGACGGUGGUCGUAGCGGUGGACCAUACCAAAUUAUGGGCUAUGAUCGGAUCAGGCGCCGGCGCCCCUCGGACGGGUGUCAAGAGAAAAGCAGAGGAGCAGUCCCAGUGCACGAGAAGUCCGGGUUUCUCGCCCUCGCUGCAGGGCUCGGCUUCUCCGCCGCGGCCCGCGGCAGCUUCCGUCACCUCCGUUUUGCCGGUGGCGUCUUGGCAGACGGUGGGCAUAGUCGGCGCGUCGGGGAGUGGCGGCGACAAAAAAGGCAGGAGCAGUAAAAGCCAGUCGUCUCACGUGGACAUGGAAAUCGAAAGCCUGCUCAACCAGCAGUCCACAAAAGAGCAGCAGAGCAAGAAGGUGAGCCGAGAAAUCCUGGAGCUGCUCAAUGCUAGCACAGCCAAGGAACAAUCGAUAGUGGAGAAGUUUCGUUCUCGUGGCCGCGCCCAAGUUCAGGAAUUUUGCGACCACGGCACCAAGGAGGAGUGUGUCCGCUCGGUGGAUACGCCUCAACCGUGCACCAAGCUCCACUUCCGCCGCAUCAUCAACAAUCAUACAGACGAGAACCUGGGCGACUGUUCCUUUCUCAACACGUGUUUCCACAUGGACACCUGCAAGUACGUCCACUAUGAGAUCGACAGCCCUCCCGAAGCCGAGGGGAGCCCGGCGGGGGCCCAACCGGGGGCCGCCGAGGCGGGCCUGCACGGCGACGACGCAGACAGCAACGUGGGCAAACUCUUCCCCUCUCAGUGGAUCUGCUGCGACAUCCGCUACUUGGACGUGUCCAUCCUGGGUAAGUUUGCCGUGGUGAUGGCAGACCCACCCUGGGACAUUCACAUGGAGCUGCCCUACGGCACUCUGACGGAUGACGAGAUGAGGAAACUCAACAUCCCCGUGCUGCAGGACGAUGGCUUCCUCUUCCUUUGGGUCACCGGCAGGGCGAUGGAGUUGGGGAGGGAAUGUCUGAGUCUGUGGGGCUAUGAGAGUAUUGAUGAAAUCAUCUGGGUGAAGACCAACCAGCUUCAGAGAAUAAUCCGCACCGGGAGAACAGGACAUUGGCUGAACCACGGGAAGGAGCACUGCCUGGUGGGCGUGAAAGGCAACCCUCAGGGGUUCAACAGAGGUUUGGAUUGCGACGUCAUCGUUGCCGAGGUCCGUUCCACUAGUCACAAACCGGACGAAAUCUACGGAAUGAUCGAGAGACUCUCGCCAGGAACCCGGAAGAUCGAGCUGUUCGGUCGACCGCACAACGUCCAGCCCAACUGGGUGACGCUUGGGAACCAGCUGGAUGGCAUUCACCUCCUGGAUCCAGAUGUGGUGGCCCGCUUCAAGGAACGCUACCCGGAUGGCGUCAUUUCCAAACCCAAGAACAUGCAAACGCAGCAUAAUUAAUUUGGGCGUGGUGGGGCGGUUGACAUCAUACACUCAGCAGGGCUUCCAUUAGCCCUUUUUUAUCCUCUACAACCCAUGAUUUAUUCUUUUAAUAAUAAAUAAAAAUGAUUUUGAGCUA